AACAGGGUGGAGUCAGAGUGAGCUCAUGGAAAGAGGAGGUGAAAGGGGAAGGAACACUGUGGUUUUAAGUCUUGAACAUCCACACCCAUUUUUCUUUGAAGACUGGAGUAACAUUUGCCUCAUCUCGGCUCUUACAGCUCCGGGCAAAAUGGCUAUGGUAUCUGAAUUUCUAUCCCAGUUGACGUUCAAUGUUGGGGACCAGGAAGACUAUUUUCCCACUGUGCGUCCUGCUGUGGAUUUUGACCCUGAAAGAGAUGCUGCCAGAAUAGAGACUGCCAUCAAAACCAAAGGAGUGGAUGAGCAAACCAUCAUCGACAUUCUAACAAAGCGAACCUACAACCAAAGGAGAGACAUCGCUUUUGCUUAUGAAAGAAGAGCAAAGAAGGACAUGAUCACAGCCCUAAAGGGAGCACUGUCUGGCUCUCUGGAGACUUUGAUCCUUGGACUAAUGAAAAGUACAGCAUAUUAUGAUGCCUCAGAGAUCAAAGGAUCCGUGAAGGGUUUAGGAACAGAUGAAGAAACUCUGAUUGAGAUUGUGUGCUCUCGUAGUAAUGCUGAGCUGGAGGAGAUCAAGAAGGCCUACAAGGAGUUGUUCAAGAAGGACCUGGACAAAGACGUGGCAGGUGAUACUUCUGGGAAUUUUGCCAAAUUACUCUUGGCACUGGUGCAGACUAAAAGAGCCACAGGAUCCAGUGUGGUGGACUACGAAAAAAUUGAUCAAGAUGCCAGAGCACUCUUUGAGGCUGGAGUGAAAAUAAAAGGGACUGAUGUGGCGACCUGGAUUUCCAUCAUGACAGAGAGACCCAUGGCCCAUCUGCAAAAAGUGUUUCAGAGAUAUAAGCAUUACAGCCCCUACGACAUGCAGGAGAGCAUUACCAAGGAGGUCAAAGGUGACUUGGAAAUGUCUUUUUUGGCAGUAGUGAAGUGCAUUGAGAACAAACAGCUGUACUUCGCUGAAAGGCUGCACGACGCCAUGAAGAGCAAAGGAGCCAAAGAGAAGGUGGUGACCCGAAUCAUAGUGUCACGCUGCGAGGUGGACCUGAAAAAGAUUGCUCAGGAAUACAAGAACAAGUACGGCCAGUCUUUGCACAAGACCAUCUGUGAACACACUAAGGGAGACUACCAGAAGGCUCUGCUCAGCCUGUGUGGAAACGAGGACGACGCUCUGUGGCAGCAGUCGAAGAAGUAGUAGGUUUCAUUUCGUACCACAGCAGACGAGCAGGAAGCGGGUCGACUCGUCGGCGUCGCACACAUGCAGCCCUGUUUUUUUUUUUUUUGUUUGAAGCCACUUUCCAAGAUAUGACAUUUCAUACAUGACAGCUCUGUUAUGACUUACUUUCAGUGUACUCAAUGUGCAAUAAAGUCAUUUUCGUCAUCAA